GAUUCGACCAUGCGCCACUCUUGUAUUUGUAUCGAAAGAAGGACAUUCUUGCAUGGCCCUCGCUCUACCGAACUCUCGCAGUCUCGAGCUACCUUUUCCAUUGGAUUAUCUUUAUGCAGAUCCAUGUCGGAAGGCUUACGGUGUUUUAGGCCAAUAUCAUGGUUGGGGCCGCACCUUCUUUAAUCCAGCCAGUGCCAAGCUUUUCUCGAGAUCCAGCUCUCUUCGAAACCCUGCAACGAACUUCACUAUUUCAGCCACACCAGACGAUUAGAGCAGCGUGCUGCAACAGGUUUCGUUAGAAUUCAGUUCUCUAAACUCUAAAAGUCGGUGA